AUGAGCGGCAUUCAAGCCUUUCUCUCAGCGAUUGUGGAGGCGCUUAUUCUUGCCUUCUCGUGCGUUCUACUGUUUGUUCCACUGCUGUAUCUCGGGAGUCAUCAGCAGUGUGUGGUGUACGGCUCCCUCAUGACGACCGCGCUGGCUAUAGCGGGGGGCAUUCGAUACUUUUUCGGCAUCGCUCGCCCAAUUGGUGAACUGAGCCGCCUCAUCCAGGAGACUCAGCGUAGCUUUGCGACCGCGUGUGAGACUCAGAUCACGCUGCAAAAUUACAGCGCAGCCUCUAAUUCUCUUCCCUCUAUCAACCGAGGGCCUGUGCAUGCUGACUUUAUGGAGGAUAGGCGCCGCAUAGAGAAGGCACUGGGUGCAAUGAAGCCCCACUCAAAGGUCACGCACCACCAUGUUCAGGUGCAGCAGCGUGCUGUUCGAGACCUCUUAGCAUCUAUCCUCAAAUGGCAGGACUUGGUCGUGGAGAAGUGUCGGAGACGCUCCGAAGAGGCGAUGGGAACGUCUUUGCGGGACGAGCACGGCUACGGCGCGUCGUCACAGCGUAAUGGCGGCAGUGGGAGGAACUCACCGCAAAAAAUACGAAGCUUGCCGCCGGAACUAUCAAAGGGAACUCUUGGUGCCAUAGAAAGAAGAACCGCUGAUGAUCACGUGGCAGUGGCAAUACCGAGAGCAAGCCAGCUGGAGCUUACGCAGUUUUCCCCGCUUCUGCCUGAGGGACAUUCAUUAGGGAAGAAGGAAGAUGAUUCAGACCCAUGGGAGAAUCAGGAAGGAAAUGCAACGUCGCGUCGCAAGGAGACUCCGUCCUCCACUGCUGGCGUCUUUGUUGAUGGUGAAUACCCGCAUCUGCGCAAAGGAGAUCUUAAGCCACAGCUGCCCCAAGCAAGUGAAUCGGGGACGAAGGAGAAAAGAGUUGUAGUAGCCAAUAACACUUCCUCUGUUAGCAGCAGUUUUCUUGCCGUCGAGGAGACUCAGAAGGAGCGACGAACAUUUAACCGGGACGCACCAUUGGGCGGCUUCGGCACUGCGUUGACGAUGCCACCAUCGCAAUCUGUUGGGUCUGUUUUUACAAUGCCGGAUAGCAAUGCACAAGAUCGUUCUGAGAAUGGUGGGACCACGCCUCUUACACUCGUGCGGGGCAACCGUUGCGCAACAGACAACCAUGAGGUGUUCUUCCACGUGACGGUCAGGCGCCCCGAUGCUGUUGACACGACAAUUGUUUUUGAGGCAUUCGUUGAUAGAGACGCCCUCCCUGAGUUUUGCAACAAUGAGCAAACACCGCGCUUCGCACUGCGGCAAGCCUCGGGUCUUCCCGAGCUGGCACCGUUCGAGGGGCUUUCUAUCACUGCAAAGGGUGAACGCACAACUCUCAACCCGGUGGAACGGGAUCUUGUGGGAUUCAUCUCGUGUGAAGUGGAGCCUAACCCCGCGCCGCCCUUGUUGAGUGUGCAGGAGAUGACGCCGCCUCCUCCCCAGGCGGAGGGGAAGGAGCAAACAGGCGCUGUAGAGGAGGGUCGUUGCGCGUUUGUUCUUUCGUGGGCUGUUCUUCCUGACUUGCCCAUUCGACUGACGAUGUUGCGAAUCCGCUUGGAAGGUGUGGGGAUGCGCACGGUGCCCGUGCUGGAGUGCCUGAUUAACGAUGUGUUCUCCAUUCUGACUUCCGCUGUUGUGUGGGUGGAGCCUGCCAAUGGCACCGCCAAUAGUGGGCGGGCUGUAUCGGUUAAACUAGAAGGUGUCUCUAUCGAGAAUUCGUCUGAGGAUGAACGCAGUGAGGGGGACGCUUGCGAUACUCGAAACGAUGUAUUGUUCGGGAUGCCAGUGUCAUCGACGAUCAUGCUGUAA